UUAGAUGAAAUUUGUUUCUUAUAACAUGAUGGUUAUAGUUUUGUUUGUUGCGGUCGUUGAGCAUAUUCUCUUAUGAAUGAGUUCUGAUUCUAAUUGUCCAGGUCGGUUUAAUUCUCUGUUAAACUGUCAUAAUACCUUGCAUUUAUUUCUUCUAUGUUAAACCCAAAAUUAGAAAAACUCAACCAAAUGGUUUCACUAAGCAUUCGGUUUUUCACAUUUUCCAAUAGGAACACCGAAAUAUUAACUAAUAAUCGCAGCAACGGCAAAAACCAUAAAAAUUCAACAAAACAAACCCUUACCCCUAAAGCCUCCUUUAAUCCUUUUAAAUAGGUUACAUCUGAGCUCUUCAAUUUUCAAAACGUACUCAAGAACAUAACAACAAGCAUAGAGCAAAAUCAAAAGAAGAAGAAAAAUGGGUUCCAACACGAACACAAUUUUCUUCUUUGCUUUGUUUUUCAUAUACUUGUCUUUCCCUGAAAUCUCACUCGCAAAUUCUGAAGUCGACGAUGAAACUUCAUUCACAUAUGAACAAAAAACAGAGAAAGGACCAGAGGGAUGGGGCCAAAUAAAUCCGGAAUGGAAAGUUUGUAACACCGGAAGAUUCCAAUCUCCGAUCGAUCUCACAAACGAAAGAGUCAGCCUUAUUCAUGAUCAAGCUUGGAAUAGGCAAUACCAACCAGCUCCUGCUGUCAUUACAAACAGAGGACAUGACAUUAUGGUAUCGUGGAAAGGAGAUGCUGGGAAAAUAACAAUACGACAAACUGAUUUUAAAUUGGUGCAAUGCCAUUGGCAUUCACCCUCUGAGCAUACCGUCAACGGAACUAGGUAUGACCUAGAGCUUCACAUGGUUCACACGAGUGCUCGAGGCAGAACUGCAGUUAUUGGAGUUCUUUACAAACUAGGCAAACCUAAUGAAUUCCUCACAAAGCUACUAAAUGGAAUAAAAGCAGUGGGAAACAAAGAGGUAGAUCUAGGUGUGAUUGAUCCUCGAGAGAUUAGGUUUCAAACCAGAAAAUUCUAUAGAUACAUUGGCUCUCUCACUGUUCCUCCAUGCACCGAAGGCGUUCUUUGGACUGUCGUCAAAAGGGUGAACACAAUAUCAAUGGAGCAAAUCACAGCUCUGAGGGAAGCCGUUGAUGAUGGGUUUGAGACAAAUUCAAGACCGGUUCAAGACUCAAAGGGAAGAUCAGUUUGGUUCUACGAUCCAAAUGUUUGAUUUAAUGAUUUCAUUUAUUUUGUAAUACCCUUUACCAAAUAUACUAUUUUGUAAUAUCAAAGAUUUUUCGAACUUUAAUUAAGAAAGCAAUGAGUUA